GAGGCACCUAAUUUGACUUCUGCGUCACUAUAAGUGGUGGGUGUGGUCGGUGCGAUCAAGUUCGUGUACUCUGAUCCUCAAAAACCUUAAUUAGAUUCCUGCUUACAAUGGCCUUCGGAUUUCUCAGAGGCAUACCACAUUCUGUAACUAUUUCGCUUAACCUUCUCCUUUGUCUGCUAACAGGUUUCCUUCAUUUCCCAAUUUCGACUAUCUUUUUAGACUUAUCAGUUCAAGUCACAUGUGAAGUAUUUGAGCUGGAUAACAGGUUCAUUGACUUUAUUGAUAAAGGCCCUUGGCUUGUUCAGUUCUAUGCCCCAUGGUGUGGUUUCUGUCGCCGUCUCACUAGUACAUACGAAGAAAUGAGUAGAUUACUUAUUCAUAUGGAACCUUCCAUCAAAGUUGCAAGACUUGAUGCUACAGUCUAUACAGGAAUAGCUAAAAUGUUUGACAUAAGGGGAUUUCCUACCAUCAAAUAUAUUAACAGUACAGUGACUUACACGUUCAUGGGCGAUCGAACUGUGAAAGGUCUGAUAACUUUUGCUCAAAGAGCUAAUGGACCGGCAGUAAAACAUUUUGAAGAAAAGCACAAGUUUGAAGAACGUAUAAAACAACUAGAUUCAGAUGAACCAUUUUUCUUCCUGCUUACUUCAACAAAUUCUGUUUUAAAAGUGACGUUUCUGGAAGUGGCUGAAAAACUCCGCAUAUUCUCAUGGUUUUUCAGUGGCUCACUAUCAGUUCUACCUCAACCGUACAUUGAACUACUUAAAUCAUUCAGAAAUGUUUUUACGGAGAUUUUAGUUUUCAAAGAUUCCAAUGUGUAUUCUUAUCCAGGUUUACUAUCAAGUGAAAAUCAACAAAUCACUACUAAUAAAUCAGAAUUAUAUCAAGAUUUAUUAUUGUGGGUACUACGUGAACGACAAUCAGAUUUUCCAAAAUUAUCCACUUCUGAUUUAUGGGAAUUUGCUUCAAGUGGAUUAGGGAAUAUAAAUUUUAACCUGGAUAAUAUGCAUAAUAACAGUAAUUCAAUUUUAUCGCCCUAUCCAGUGUCUUCUAAUGUAAAUUCAAUAAGGGUGUAUAGAAAUUAUCGUUUAAUUGGAUUAUUCACCGUAGAUCAACUACUAGUAGAGGAUAGUUUCCCGUCUAGGGUGUUGAAAUUUGGACAAACAUUGGCAUUGAGACGUUUGCCGCAUAUAAUAAGGUAUUUUCAACUUGCAUGGACUGAUGACAUUGAAGCUUUAGAAGAUUUAGCUAUGGGAGUAAUAUCUACGCCUAAUUUUAUUGUUGUAGAUCCUCUUACUCGAGAAUUAUUUAUGUAUCUAUCAAAUCAUUAUUCAUCUCAUUCCUUAUUACUUGAUGAAAGUAAUCUUAUCAACUUUCUUAUGCUUGUUAAUGAUGGCAAAGUUAAGGCUGUCGGAGGUAAUACAAUCUCAGUAAGAUUACAGCGCUUGGGAUACAAUUUCGUAACAGGUGUCAUUAAAUUCCUUAUAACACGACCAUUCAUGGCCAUGUUAGUUUUUGGCGUCCCAAUAAUUAUGCUCAGUGGGAUCAUUUACUUAUGUUGCUGCUUAGAUACCGAUUAUGCUAACUACGGUGAUGAUUAUAAUGACAAUGAGGAGGCUUGUGAUAAACAGUUAUCCGGUCGAAAAGUCAAUAAAAACAUUAACGAUUCUACUGAUUCAAUUAUUGAUACAGAUUCAAGUUAUGUAACCACGAACGAUCAUCAGGCAGGAAUAAAUGUUCGUUCGCGUAAUAUUAAAACAUUUUCGUCCUCUUCUAACCAUCGUUAUCGAGCACUGCAUCCUGGUCGGAAAAUUCUAAAUAUGGGUCCUGUCUAUUCAGAAGAAGAAUUAAGAAAAAGAAUUAAAGAUUGUCGUGCGAAAAAAGAGAAAUAAAAGAUUGAUGAUAGGCAGGUGUCACUGUCAACAUUCAAUCAUGGUGACUUAAUCACGUGCACACACAUAAAUACACUGGCGCACUUAAAAGAGAUUGACACACAUUAUUAACACAUUAUAUUCUGUAUGCAUUAUAACAAUGUCUCUUGUUUCUCAUUUUAAAAAUACACUAAUGUCAAAUAAUAUUGAAUAAAUUGUACUCAAUAAUAUAUCAUGACACAUUUAACUGCUUCUUUGUUUUAUCAUUUCUGUAGGUGAUAAUCUGUGUGCUUUUCUAUUAUUGUGUAUUGCUCUUUUAUUCGUACUUUCUAUUUGUUAUCAGUGUUGAUUUUUCUUUUCUUGUCUAUAGAUUACUAAUUUGUUCAGAUGUUUGGGUGGCGUUUUUAAAAUUCGUUUGCAUUCUCAGUGGACUAUUAGGCGUCAAACUGAAAUAAGUGGAAUCAACUCAUCUGCAGGACCUAGUUACGUCAUUUCUCCUCCUCCAGUAAUGGUGUUUCGUUUAUUGACGUAAGCAUUCGAUAUUCAAACCGGCCGGUCUUAGGUCCAAUCACAGCUUCAUGUAUUCCAGACUGGCUAACGCUAUAAGGUGGAACUUUGUUCAAGGAGCCUAUGCGCGUUAAAUACGCUUGCUGAAAGCCAUACCUGUGGUAGGUGCUAGAAAU